AUGUUAAUCAAAUGUUCAGUAUCUUAUAUGGGAAAUCCCCAGAAUACUUCAGAUAAUUUUUUUAUUUUACAGGCCUUACUUCGUGCACCUCCAGUUCUUGAGUUUGUGCGCAAUUUUGAUUAUCAGUUCUACCAAAAUUUGGUGGAAGUGUUAAUCCCUGAUGUGCUGAAAUCUAUACCCUCCAGCUUAACACAAGCCAUCAGAAAUUUUGCAAAAAGCCUAGAGUCAUGGUUAUCUAGUGCUAUGUUGGGCUGCCCUCCAGAUAUUGUGAAUAUUAAGGUAACAGCUGUAGCUUCAUUAGCCCAGACACUGCGAAGGUACACCUCACUAAAUCACUUAGCUCAAGCUGCUAGAGCAGUCCUUCAGAAUUCUUCACAGAUUACCCAAAUGUUGGCUGACCUCAACAGAGUUGAUUUUCACAAUGUUCAAGAGCAGGCUUCUUGGGUAUGUCAGUGUGAUUCUGCAUUAGUAGAUCGUCUUGAAGAAGAUUUCAAAGCAACACUGCAGCAACAGAACAGCCUAGAACAGUGGGCUGAAUGGCUGCAAGCUGUGGUGUCACAAGUACUCCGCCAACAUGAAGGGAAACCUGACUUUCCAAAACAAGCUCGACAAUUUCUGUUGAAGUGGUCAUUCUACAGUUCUAUGGUGAUUAGAGAUUUGACUUUGCGCAGUGCUGCUUCAUUUGGGUCUUUCCAUCUGAUAAGACUUCUGUACGAUGAAUAUAUGUUCUAUUUAGUAGAACACAAAGUUGCAUCCUCUCUGGGUGUCACACCAAUUGCAGUUAUUUCACAGGUAAUGGAUGGAAUGAAGAAUACUGAAUCAAGCAACUUUGUUUUCAACGGUGACAUUAAUGCACAUCACAGGUCAGAUGAUGGAGUUCUCCCAGCUUUCAAGCGGCUGAAAUAUGAAACAUGAUCUUCUUGACUUUGUGAUUGGUAUUAUAUAUAAUUCUCCCCCAAAUUUAUUAGAACUAUUAUUUAUAUCAUAUUCUUUAUCUAUAUUUUUUAUAAAUGAAAUUGAAGAAUAGUGGUAUAAAAGUGAAGUAUAAUAAAUUGUGAUUAUAUAGCAUAUAUCAUAUAUAUACUUGCAUACAAAAAAAGAAUGAAUCCAGUGUCAAGAAAAGUAACUUGCAAUAAAAAAAGCUAGUAUGUCUAGUCAGUAUUACUGUGUGCUUUGCAGAUGAGAAGGAUUCAGGAAGAUUUUCAAAAAUUCCUUGUGUAACAAUUACAUUGGAAUCACUAAAAGAAACACACUUAAGAUUCCAGUGUUUAGUAAAAGUUUAUGAAUCAUUAUCCAAUUAUAUGAAAACUAAAUUGAUAUUCGAAAAGGGAAAACUAAAUUGAUAUUCGAAAAGGGAUUUUUCUAGUCAUAUUGAGUAUGUUUUUUUUGUUGUUCAAUGUUGAUCCAGUUUGCAUUAAAGUCUCACUGGUGGUGUGAAUGCACUAGGUCCACAUAUUGUAUUGCUAGAUAUAGCUUAUGUUUUCAUAUUCCAUGUGCCAGACAAAGUAGCAAGGAGAAUUACUUACAUGGUACUCUGAAACUUUAUUACAAAAGUUUUGACAUCUGAAGAGUAGAUUCCUUAAGCGAGUUUAUAAACUAUGAUAAUAGAUUCUACACUCCAGGUAAACUCUCCUGUUAGUUGUUUCAGAGAUGUUGUGCAUUUCUAUUUUUAUACAAAAGGAUCAACUGAUAAGCAUUGGGAUGGUGCUGAUGGCCAUUACUCUUAGUUCUCUCUGAACCAGAUGAGCUCUUAAGACAUAACAUUGAAGCUGUAUCAUUAAUAUAAAAUAUUUUAAAAGGCUAUUCUCAUUUUAAUGAAUAAUGAAACAUUUUUUUUUCUACAUGAAAUGCUAAAUAAGUAAUCUGAUACUUGUGAAUUCAGAAAUUGGAAACAAAGUGCAUUUGAGAUGUGUUGUGUCUUUAUAGCUUAGAACCAAACACUCCGAGCCAAGCCACUCUUGUGAGUGGACUGGACAACAGGAAGGAUCUGGCCCACUCACCUGGUAAAAUGUGGCAUUCUUCCUGUGUAUUGUUGCUUUGCUCAAUGUCUCCAUCCAGCAUGCAGGUCUCCUGAGGGAAGUGCAUGAGGUUCUCCUCUCCCAAUCCCCCUUUUUUUUCUUUUUGACAGUGAAAAAAUUUUGAGUUCAAGAAUAACUUUACUCUCUGUGUGUACACAUG